UCCGAAGUAGCCUUAAGUGAAGGUGGCAAUCGAAACUAGCAUCGCCACCUCAAACUCGGCCGACGGCUGCCAAUCCAAUGGAAUGGGUUCUAAGGAAUCUCUCGACUCCCAAAAACCAUCGAGGGCUGUCCUCUCUCACGCACAAGAAAAUGGCCAGCAUCAACCCUCAGCCCAGAAUGGGUGUCCGGCCCAACCAGCCACUCCCCUCGUGGGGGGAUGGAAUGCCCUCCAAGGGUGUCGCUUCAAAGGCCGCCGGCUCCAAGCCAACCCCCAAGGUCGCAAGCGGCGUGCGCAAGCACCAACAAGCGCGAUCGGUGUCUGCCGCCUUGCAUGCAGCCAUCGAGAGGUCUAGGGUAGAAGAGGAGAAGCGGAGGGCCGCCGAGAAAAACGCCGAAAAGAGAGUUAGGAGGUUCCGCAACAAGCCGCCUCAGUCCUUUUACCCAAUAUAUCAGAGGGCUACGUCGCAGCGCUUUUUUGUGCUCGACCGCAUUCGCUGCGGCACUGAGGACUGCCCUGAGGAGAAGUUCGAGCUGGCCGGGUCCACGGGUAAUGUCUACAAAGUCCACAUCGGCCGCCGCCCUGAAUGCAACUGUCCUCAUGCCUUUGCCGGCAACCAGUGCAAGCAUCUUCUCUAUGUCAUGUCCCGCGUGCUCCGGGCCAAAUUCAACCUCGUUUACCAGCUGGCGCUCCUCUCCAGCGAACUGCGAGAAAUCCUUGACAAGGCUCCUCGCUGGCCCAGUGCUCAGGGGAGCACGUCCGACGAGCAACGUGACCACAACCGCAAGCCUGUUGAAGGGGACUGCCCCAUCUGUUUCGAAGAGCUGGCGGCUGCGACCGAUGCUGCCAAAAAUACAGUAAACAGCGAGCAGCUUGUGUGGUGCCGCGCCGCUUGUGGUCAAAACAUGCAUAGGCAGUGCUUCCAGAUUUGGUCAGCGACCAAGCGCCAGCACGAUGGCGGUUCUUCCCCAGUCACCUGUCCCCUGUGCCGCAGCGUGUGGGAGGGUGAGGCCGACGACAGCGUGGUCAAGAACCUGAAGAAAGACGGCCCGCUAAACCGGAACGGCUACGUCAAUGUGGCUGAUCAGCUAGGCAUCAGCCCCGUCAGGGACUACUCGACUUAUUCAUUGUGGUGGGGUCGCGAAAGAUACCCGUCCCGUUCGGGCCGCCGGGGCCAUCAUUAAAUCACAAGGUUUUCUUGCCCUGGUGGCUCCUAUCCUCUGAAUGCCUCCUCCCUUUCAAGCUAGAUCAUGACGUGACACGGGCGGCUUCGCCACAGAUCAGCUGGGCCGCCUUUUCGGCCACGGCGUAGACUGUUGCCUGCGUGUGAGCCGCCGGGAGCAGCGGCAUCACGCUCCCAUCCACCACACGCAGCCCCUUGACCCCGUACACGCUCAUGCUCGUCGGGUCAACCACGCCGCCCAGCUCGCGAGCCAUCAUGGCGGCCGUCCCCACAGGGUGGUCAAGGCUGGGGUUCCCUAGGUUCGCCCGGAUGGCCGCCUCUACCUGGGCGUCGCCCUCGACCGCCGCGCCCGGAAACAGCUCUGUAGCGUUCAGUGCGUUGACAACCGAAGGUGCAGCCAUGAACUGGCGCGCCCGCGCCACAGCUGCCACCAGGAUGGCGGCAUCUACCGGGUUCGAGAGACUGCCAAAGUCGACGACGGGUGGCACAGACGGGUCGGGGUCUGUCGAGUUUAUGGUGACUGUGCCCCUCGACAGCGGCUUCUGUAACGCUAGCACCACCGUCUCAGACCCGCCAAAGGCAACCUCGAGCACGCCAUAUCGCUGGUCUGCGAAACCUUUGCUCAUUGCAGCACGC